GGUCCCUCCCAGUUGCGAUUUUGGGGCUCGGGUAUAAAAUUAUGAGCCAAAUAGUUUGUGGUCUCUUUUUUUUUAUCUUUCUCUUUCCCUCUCUGUCUUCCUGACAGCAAUAGGACAUGGCCACUGCAGGAAAGGUGAUUAAAUGUCGGGCUGCUGUAGCCUGGGAGCCCAAUACUCCUUUGGUGAUAGAGGAGAUUGAAGUGGCUCCACCACAAAAGAAUGAAAUACGUAUCAAGGUGAUUGCUACAGGUGUUUGUCACACCGAUUUAUACCAUCUGUAUGAGGGAAAGCAUAAGGAAGGCUUUCCUGCUGUCCUUGGUCAUGAGGGGGCUGGUGUGGUGGAGAGCAUUGGACCCGGAGUCACCGAGUUCAAACCGGGUGACAAGGUCAUUCCCCUCUUCGUCUCUCAGUGUAGGGAGUGCAGGUUCUGUAAGAGCCCAAAGACCAACCUAUGUGAGAACAGCUGGUCUAGUGACCGAUAUGCCCAAAUGUCAGAUACCAUGACACGUUUUUCCUGUCGUGGUAAGCCUGUGCUGCAGUUCAUGGGCACCAGCACCUUCUCUGAGUACACUGUUAUGAACCAGAUUGCGGUGACAAAGAUCGACGAUGAUGCCCCAUUGAACCGUGUUUGUCUGCUUGGUUGUGGCAUUUCCACCGGCUAUGGAGCAGCUAUUAACACUGCCAAGGUAGAGCCAGGCUCAGUGUGCGCAGUGUUCGGGCUUGGGGCCGUAGGCCUCGCUGCAGUCAUGGGUUGUAAGAAUGCUGGAGCCUCCAGGAUCAUUGCUGUGGACAUAAACGAGCAGAAGUUUGAGAAGGCAAAGGUGUUUGGUGCCACUGAGUUUGUGAACCCCAAAGCACACAAAAAGCCUGUCAGUGAAGUUCUGAUGGAAAUGACCAAUGGGGGUGUGGAUUUCUCCCUCGAGUGUGUGGGUAACGUGGCUGUUAUGCGGAGUGCACUGGAGUCGUGUGUUAAAGGUUGGGGUGUGAGCGUGCUCGUCGGCUGGACAGACCUUAAUGAUUUCUCUGCUCGACCAAUUCAGUUAAUUGCUGGAAAGACCUGGAAAGGAACGUUGUUUGGAGGCUUUAAGAGCAAGGAUUCUGUUCCAAAGCUAGUCCAAGACUACAUGGCUGGCCGUAUAAAACUGGACGAAUUUGUAACCCAUACCAUGAGUCUCGAGCAGGUCAACGAUGCCAUUGAGCUCAUGAAAAAAGGAGCUUGCAUUCGAACCAUCCUGAACGUGUCGAAAUGAGAAGGGCACAGCCACGCAAAUACAGCAGCUAUUUGAGGCCAGAGUUCAUUUCCGCUUUUGCCAUAUCUUCAGCUAAUUUUGUCUUAAAACCCCUGUAGAACUCAGUAAAAGUGUUCGUUUUGAAGUACUCAUUACCCAUUUAGUGUAUUUAAUCUGCAUGUGAUUAUAAACCUUAAACCCACAUAUUGGAAUUCGACUUUCUAGUGCAAGAUAUUAUGCUGCAAUAAAAAUGCUAAUUCAA